AUGAGCAGUAAGGAGUGCUUUAAGUGUGGACGCAUUGGCCACUGGGCCCGGGGAUGCUCUAAAGGAGGAGGAGCUCGGGUGCGUGGAGCUAGAGGCCGUGGCCGUGGAACUCAGCGCAGUUCAACCACGCUACCUGUCAUCUGUUACUGCUGUGGUGAGUCUGGUCAUCAUGCUAAGGACUGUGACCUUCUCGAUGACCUCUGCUAUAACUGUGGGGAAAGUGGCCACAUUGCCAAAGACUGUGCCGAGCCUAAGCGAGAGAGAGGGCAUUGCUGUUACACCUGUGGCAGACCAGGCCAUCUGGCUCGUGAUUGUGACCGUCAGGAAGAGCAGAAGUGCUACUCUUGCGGCGAAAGUGGCCACAUUCAAAAAGACUGCACCCAAGUCAAGUGCUAUCGUUGUGGCGAGAUUGGUCAUGUGGCCAUCAACUGUAGAAAGACGAGUGAGGUCAACUGCUUCCGCUGUGGUGAAUCCGGACAUCUAGCCCGGGAAUGCCCAAUUGAGGCUACCGUUUAA